CAAAGGUGAAACCUUUGAAGAUCGAUAGAUUGAAGUUUCCAAAAAUGGAGGAAGAGGGUAAGCUUAGUAUGAGCCGGAGUGUGGGGAGAAGCAUCGGAAGAAGUUUCAGUAGGGCCGCCGGAAGUUGGAGAAUGGAAGAUGUGUUUUCCGCCGGUGGUGGUGCCAGUCACGACGGCCGGAGUAGUCGUCACUCCAUGGAAGACGAAGAAGCUCUACGAUGGGCUGCUUUGGAGAAACUACCAACUUAUAAUCGAUUACGAACCACCAUCUUCAAAUCUUAUAUUCCGGCCGAUCAACAAGAAAUGGCGAACGAUAAGAUGUUGUUGGAUGUUCGAGAACUCGAUCCACAUGCUCGACAAAGUUUUAUCGACAAGAUUUUUAAAGUUGCUGAAGAAGAUAAUGAAAGAUUCUUGAGAAAAUUCAGAGAUCGAGUUGACAAGGUUGGAAUCUCGCUUCCGACGGUGGAAGUCCGGUUUAAAAAUUUGUCGAUUGAAGCCGAUUGUCACGUCGGAGAUAGAGCACUUCCGACGUUGAUAAAUUCGGCCAGAAACAUCGCCGAAUCCCUUUUAGCUGCCGCCGGAAUAAGUUUUUCCGAGAAAGCGAAACUUCGGAUUCUUAAAGAUGCUUCCGGAGUCAUCAAACCAUCAAGGAUGGCACUUCUGUUGGGGCCGCCGUCUUCCGGUAAGACGACACUUCUGUUGGCUUUGGCGGGAAGGCUAGAUCCCAGCUUAAAGGUUGAAGGAGAGAUAACUUACAACGGUCAUAACCUCAACGAAUUUGAACCUCGGAGGACCUCAGCCUACAUUAGCCAGAACGAUAUUCAUGUCGGAGAAUUAACCGUCAAGGAAACCCUAGAUUUCUCCGCAAGAUGCCAAGGCGUUGGAUCUCGAUUAGAAAUGCUAACGGAGCUUGCACGAAGAGAAAAGGAAGCCGGGAUCUUCCCAGAAGCCGAAGUCGAUCUUUUCAUGAAGGCAACUGCCAUCGAAGGAGAUCAGAGCAGUUUGAUUACUUACUACACUCUAAGAAUUUUGGGACUUGAUAUCUGCCGGGAUACCUUUGUUGGCGAUCAAAUGAGACGUGGAAUCUCUGGCGGACAAAAGAAGCGUGUGACCACCGGAGAAAUGCUUGUUGGACCUGCGAAAACUCUGUUUAUGGACGAGAUUUCAACCGGUCUAGACAGUUCGACUACAUUUCAGAUAGUGAAAUGCUUGCAGCAAGUUGUACACUUGACUGAAUCAACAAUCUUCAUGUCCUUACUACAGCCAGCUCCAGAAACGUUCGAUCUUUUCGAUGACAUCAUUCUACUAUCCGAGGGCCAGAUCGUGUAUCAAGGACCACGAGACCACGUUGUUGAGUUCUUCGAAAGUUGUGGAUUCAAGUGUCCGGAGAGAAAGGGUACUGCUGACUUCUUGCAAGAGGUUACAUCGAAAAAGGAUCAAGAACAAUAUUGGGCAGAUAGAAGCAGGCCAUACAGAUAUAUCCCAGUGAGCGAAUUCUCUCAACGAUUCAAACGGUUCCACGUGGGAGAAAAGAUGGCGAGCGAGUUGGCAGUCCCGUAUGACAAGAACCAAAGCCACAAAGCCGCUCUAGUUUUCAAGAAAUACUUAGUCCCGAAAAUGGAGCUCCUUAAGGCUUCAUGGGAUAAAGAAUGGCUUUUGAUGAAAAGAAAUGCUUUCAUUUACGUCUUCAAGUCUAUACAAAUCGUGUUUAUAGGAUUUAUCGCCACGACUUUGUAUUUGAGGACCGAGAUGAAACACAAGAAUGAAGUAGACGGUGCGAUCUAUGUAGGGGCGCUUUUGAACAGUCUGCUCAUUAACAUGUUUAACGGGCUUGCUGAUCUUUCACUCAUCGUUAUGAGGCUUCCUGUUGUUUAUAAGCAACGGGAUCUCAUGUUCCAUCCUGCAUGGGCUUUCACACUUCCAGCAUUCUUGCUACGAAUUCCCAUAUCUAUACUCGAGAGUAUAAUGUGGUGUGGCAUCCUUUACUAUGGUGUUGAUCUCGCCCCCGAUGCCACCAGGUUCUUCAAGCAUCUCCUGUUGGUUUUUCUGAUCCAGAAUGUGGCAGCAGGACUGUUUAGACUCAUUGCUGGUGUUUGUAAGACGAUGAACAUUGCAAACACGGGUGGAUCCGUCAUACUUCUGCUUAUAUUUCUUUUGGGUGGUUUCAUCCUUCCUAAAACCCGAAUUCCAAACUGGUGGGAAUGGGCUUAUUGGAUUUCGCCGCUGUCGUAUGGAUUCAAAGCAUUCACAGUAAACGAGUUUCUUGACGAUAGGUGGACGAGCAUAAGGAGUACGGACGGUACAACCAACGUCGGUUACGCAGUGCUAAGAAAUCUCGAUGUCCCGACCGAAGAAAGCACAUACUGGAUCGGUGCUGCAGCUCUUGUCGGUUUUAUUCUUCUCUUCAAUGUUCUCUUCACGAUCGCUCUAAUGUAUUUAGAAGCCCCUGGAAAACCACAAGCAAUUAUCUCCAAGGAAGAAGCUGCAGCCAUGGAAGGUGAUCAGGGUACCAACCAACAACAAAGUGUUCAAUCCUCAGAAAAGGAAAUGCACCAGAUAAGCAAGGAUGGAAAUGGUGUUUCUAAAAAAGGAAUGGUUCUUCCGUUUACUCCACUCGCAAUGUCAUUCGACAACAUGAACUAUUAUGUCGAUAUGCCUAGUGAAAUGAGAGAACAAGGGGUGACGGAAAACCGAUUGCAAUUGCUUCGUGAUGUAACGGGUGCUUUCAGGCCAGGAGUUCUAACGGCAUUGAUGGGAGUCAGUGGAGCUGGUAAAACGACGUUGAUGGAUGUUUUAGCCGGAAGAAAGACAGGCGGUUAUAUCGAAGGAGAUAUCAGAAUAUCGGGAUUCCCAAAGAAACAAGAAACGUUUGCCCGAAUCUCUGGAUAUUGUGAACAAACCGAUAUCCAUUCUCCCACGAUCACCAUUCACGAAUCUCUGAUCUACUCGGCGUUCCUCCGGCUUCCAAAAGAAGUCAGCAAGGAAGAGAAAAUGACUUUUGUGCAAGAAGUGAUGGAGCUUAUUGAACUAGACAACAUCAAGAACGCAAUCGUUGGACUUCCGGGAGUUAGUGGUUUAUCAACCGAACAGAGAAAGAGGCUAACAAUUGCAGUCGAGCUCGUUGCUAACCCUUCGAUCAUCUUCAUGGAUGAACCAACGUCAGGGCUUGAUGCAAGAGCUGCAGCCAUUGUUAUGAGGGCCGUUAGAAACACCGUGGACACAGGAAGAACCGUUGUUUGCACCAUUCAUCAGCCCAGUAUCGAUAUCUUCGAAUCAUUCGAUGAGUUGCUGUUAUUGAAAAGAGGAGGACAAGUGAUCUAUGGAGGACCAUUAGGAAGACACUCUUCAAAGAUUAUCGAGUAUUUCGAGGAGGUUGCUGGGGUUCCGAAGAUUCCGGAGAGGUACAAUCCAGCAACAUGGAUGUUGGAAGUCAGUUCCGGUGCUGCAGAGAUCAGGCUCGGGAUUGAUUUCGCCGAACACUACAGCGCAUCCGCUUUGCACCAGAGGAACAAGGCUUUGGUGAAGGAGUUAAGCGUACCGCCUCCGGGAGCUGUAGAUCUUCGCUUCGAAACACAAUAUGCGCAGUCGAUGUGGGGUCAAUUCACGUCGUGUUUAUGGAAAAUGUGGUGGAGUUACUGGCGUAAUCCCGACUAUAAUCUUGUCCGAUUCUUCUUCACUUUGCUUUGUGCACUCAUGGUUGGAACCGUAUUUUGGAAGAUCGGCAACAAAAAGUCGAGCAGCAAUGAUCUGAGCACAACGAUCGGAGCCAUGUACGCAGCUGUAUUUUUCGUCGGUAUUAACAAUUCGCAAACCGUUCAGCCAGUGGUCGCAACAGAAAGAACCGUCUUCUAUCGUGAGCGAGCCGCUGGAAUGUACUCAUCAUUACCAUAUGCCAUGGCACAGGUGUUCGUAGAGAUACCAUACGUAUUUCUUCAAACGACAUAUUACACUCUUAUCGUCUACUCCAUGGUAUCAUUCGAAUGGACCGUACCCAAAUUCUUCUGGCUCUUCUUCAUCAACUUCUUUUCAUUCCUCUACUUCACGUACUACGGAAUGAUGACCGUUUCCAUCACACCAAACGAGCAAAUCGCAGCCAUUUUCGCAGCUGGGUUCUACUUGCUCUUCAAUAUCUUCUCCGGGUUUUACAUCCCGAGACCCAAAAUUCCCGGAUGGUGGGUGUGGUACUACUGGAUCUGCCCCAUGGCGUGGACCGUGUACGGGUGCAUCGUUUCGCAGUAUCAUGAUGCCGAUAACCCGAUAUUCGUGCCGGGGAUGGCGACGGACCCACCGAUGACGUGGUACAUCAAGGACUACUAUGGUUUUGAGUUGGAUUUCAUGGGACCCGUUGCGGCCGUUCUAAUCGGGUUCUGCGUAUUCUUCGCUUUCCUCUAUGCCACAUUCCUGAGGACUUUGAACUUCCAAAUGAGAUAGAAUGAAAUCAAACUGUGUAAUGUCUAUAGAUUUUUUGAAGUUGGUUGAAACUCAAAACUUUGUUCCUAUUUAUUUUUGAAAUUUCCGGUGUUUUGUUUGUAUUGUAAACUUAUACGCUUCAAAUUCAGUUCCUACAUUUCAUUGUU